GGUUACGGUGACGGGAGUACCCUCUCUUCAAUUUUGCGGUAAAGUCAACAACACAACGCAUCAAUGCAAUACAAUCCAAUUCAAUUCAAUUCUUCUCACCCGUACGCUAUAUUUUGCAAUUGUAAUCUCAAUAACUCAUCAGGAAUAGAAUUUGCUGUUUCCAUUCUUGACACACGCGGCAUUCAAAGAUAAUCCUAUCAAUAUCAGAAGUCAGUCACACAAAUUUCAAUCACAACAAUCCAUCCUAUCUUUCUAGAUACCGGCCGGUGCUUUCCUCUCACAAAACUCUGCCCCACGACCGUAAACUCUUUCUCAGAUUUGCACACAGCAUCACAUUGCUGCUGGAAAGCUCCCACAGAGCCCUAAAAAAGUGAAAGGAGCCAAGAUGGCAGAGCAAGAAGAAGAUUUCAGUUCUCUCCCUCUCCCAGAUAGAUUUCAACAUAAGAUAUGGAAAGUAAGAAAGGCAGCAUAUGAAGAUGCAGCGAAACAAUUCGAAAUCACUCCAGAUGAACAUGACCCAGUAUUUAAACCAUUUCUUAACGACCCUGGAUUAUGGAAGGGGGCGGUGGCAGAUUCGAACGUUGCGGCACAACAAGAUGGUAUCGCGGCACUAUGCGCUUUCUUAAAGUUUGGUGGGCGUGAACAUUGUACCAGGACCCGAAGUCAUACGUUAACUUCCUUGGUCGAGAAGGGAUUAAGUUCAACAAGAGCUGCUACAAAAGCUUCUGCGCUUGAAGCCCUAUUGCUAUAUGUCGAAUUGGAUGUAGCCGCCCCUGUCAUCGAAGAGCUUCUUCCCGCAUUGUCGCACAAACAACCAAAGAUCAUCGCAGCGACGGUAACUGCAAUAACUGCCAUAUAUCAUGAAUACGGAUGCAAGACGGUGGAUCCUAAGCCUGUUCUCAAAGUUCUUCCAAAACCAUUCGGUCAUGCAGAUAAGAAUGUACGUGCAGAAGCUACGAAAUUGGCUAUUGAGUUUUAUAGAUGGUUACGAGAGGCCAUGAAACCAAUGUUCUGGGGGGAUCUUAAACCUACACAGCAGACUGAUAUGGAAGCCCAAUUCGAAAAGAUCAAGGGGGAGCCAGCGCCGAAACAAGAACGAUUCCUCAGGUCACAACAAGCAGCAAUGUCUAGGGCACCUCCCCCAGGCGAAGGUGGUGCAGAAGAGGAGGAUGAAUUAGAGGCUGAAGGUGUUGAGAUUGAUGCAUUUGACUUAGCUGAACCACAAGAUGUAUUAUCCAAGGUCCCUGCAAAUUUCCAUGAACAGUUAGCUUCGUCAAAAUGGAAAGAGCGAAAGGAAGCGCUGGAGGCUCUAUACACCUGUGUCAAUGUUCCUAGAAUUAAAGAUGCCGAUUUUGGCUUGAUAGUUCACGGUCUGGCAAAAUGUAUGAAGGACGCUAACAUUGCAGUUGUCACUCAAGCUGCACAGUGUGUUGAAGUUUUAGCUCAAGGUUUACGGAAGGGGUUCGCCAAAUAUAGAUCCGUCAUUCAAAGCCCCAUUAUGGAGAGAUUAAAAGAGAAGAAGGCAUCCGUUUCAGAUGCUCUGGGUGCAGCACUUGAUCAGGUAUUUGCAGCAACAAGUUUGACUGAAUGUUUGGAGGAAACCCUUGAGUUCUUGAAACACAAGAAUCCUCAAGUUAAAGAGGGUACCGUCAAGUUCUUGAUCAGAUCGCUCAGGACAACUCGAGACGCUCCCUCCAAAGCCGAAGUGACUCAGAUUUCAGAAGCUGCAAAGAAGUUGCUCGCGGAAUCGAGCGAAGUACUGAGAUCCAGUGGAGCUGAAGUAUUGGGUACGAUAAUGAAGAUCAUGGGCGAGCGUGCAAUGGGACCACACCUUGAAGGACUGGAUGAUAUUCGGAAAACUAAAAUCAAGGAAUUCUUCGACACUGCAGAAGUCAAGGCAAAGGAUAAGCCUAAGCCUCCACCCGCCCCUGUAGCCCCUAAAGCUGCCCCAGCAGCAGGUCCUAAGAAAAUGGUGAAGAAGGCAGUCGCAAAAAAACCACCUCCACCACCAAGUCAAUAUGCUCAACAAGCUCCGUUGGAGCCUCAGCCUACAGCAAGAAGUGCCGCUGGAUUAAAGAAGCCAGGUGGUCUUGGACUAAAACCACCAGGGAAAAAAGUGGUACCACCAGCACUUGCUUCACCCAAACGUAACGCCCCAUCACCAGUUCCCAUUGAAGAAGAAGCUCCACCCCCACCUCGUGUAGGUCUAGGUCGUGGACCAGCUGGUCGAUCAUUGGCAAAAGCACCAUCCGCUAAUGCAGCUCCUCCCAUGUCCUCAAUGUCACCUCCACCGGAUGCCGGCCUGACUGCUUUGGAGAAAGCUGAGCUGGAAGAACUGCGAUUGGAUAAAGAUCGAUUAUUACGCCAAGCUGACGAAAUGCGCCAAGAACGCUCGAGACUAUUUUCGGAAAUUCAAGAAUUGAAGAAUCAAAAUGCACAGUUGAUAGAGGAUCAUACACGAGACGUUUUAUCAAUCAAAGCAAAGGAAACUCAACUUGUUCGUUCGAGAGCAGAUGCCGAAACGGCGGAAGCAAUGUGUGCGCAAUUAAGGAGAGAGCAAAACAGAUUGAAGCAUGCUUUGUCAGCCGCUGAGAGAGCCAGUAAUCACAGCCCAUCGAGAGGAUUAUCGAGCCCCGUACGUGAUGGAGCACAUGAUGAAGUUGGGAGUCACCGUGAAUCUAUGUAUGGCGCUCCUUCAGAUAGUGGACGCCAAGAUUACAGAAGUCGCCCUCGCAUGUCUAUCACAUCUUCAAUUGGAGAAGAUAAUUCAAACGGGGCUGGUCCUUACGGUCGAAAUAUGUUAAGUCCUGAUUUGGAGCCUGCAAGUAAUGGAAGAUCAAGUGCUGCUAGUGGUAGUGGCAGGGCUAGCCCAGCACCACCAUCUUACACAAGUGAUCGCAUGUCUAGAACCGGUAGUAUUCCUAGUGGCAAUGGAACGGGUGUAGAAAGCUGGAAGAGGGCUGCCGAGGUCACAAGCGCUUUGAAGGCAAAAAUUGAGCUUAUGAAGGCACGACAAAACAUAUCCAAACACUAAGCAUAUGGAAAUCAAAUAUUUAACGGACCAAGGAUAGAAUAAACAUUGAGAGCAUCGGGCAGAUGGCGAAACGGAAAGGAAAGGAUAGGAAAGGAAAGGUUUAUUUGGCACUGAUCAAACGGUGUUGUGGUCGUGCUUGGUAUUUUUUUCCCUUGUGGUUCGAGGUGGCAUCUUCUGUCUUGGUGCAUGUAAAGGGUUUUAUUCGUCGUCGUAGACGAGGGCGAGGCGAAUGCGAAUGAACGUGAGGCGAAAUGAGACGAUGAUUAUGCUCACCUGCCGUGUUCGAUAUGCGUAUAUGAUCGUGGCUGGCGUUGAUUGUACUAUAUUGUACUUUAUUGUACGAGCGCAGCAUAUUUGCUUGAGGGGAAAGGAUUUCAUGUGCGUAGAUAUACACACAUGUUUACGAAGUAUAGGUUAGGGAUGGAUGCCUGCCUGCUUGAUGCGUAACUGCGUAGCUGCGUAGGGGUCUUUUAUUUCUCUUCCUUCAAUGAUACCAUGGAAAUGAAAACCUACUCUUAUUGUUACGUGUGUUUGAAAUCAGUCCAUCAUGCCGUUUAUGUUUAUGUUGAUCUUUGGGAUGCGGAGAAGGGAGAGACGAAAAGGACCCCUGGAAUUGAUGGUGAUGGGGAGGUAGGGGGUUGGCUGUUGUGCAACGGAAAUGAAUUACACGGCACAUGGAUGACGAUGUCAGGUUUAUGUAGAGGUAUGGAUGAUGCGUUUUGUGUUACAAGGGUCUGCUUUGGUGUUGCAUUGUUUAUUUGAUGUAUGUGUUUGUGUGGGUGUGAAUGGGCGAUUGGAGAAAGUAGUAGGAUGUAUGCUAAAUGUAGGAUACUUGAUUUGGAUGGGGAUGGGGAUGGGGAUGGGGAUGGGGAUUGAGGUUUUUGUUAUUUUGUUGAAGAAAUGUUUUCUUGUUUUCUUUUUAAGGGGGAGUAGGGCGUUGGAUGGUUGGGAUGGUGAUGGCAUGACGUGAAGUAGAAUGGUAUGGGGGAAUGUAUUUCGAUCUUGUAUCUUGUGUGUAUGUAUGUAUCUUGUAUGUAUGUAUAUUUAUCUAUGGGAGAGAUGAGGUUACAACAGGUAUUGAGAAAAAAUCCCGCCUAUGUCUAGGUACAGGUCCCUCUGCAUCGGAGAAUUUUUCUUUCGUACCAAAAAAAAACGGGAAGGCAGGCAGGCGGGAAGGAAGGGAGGAAGGAGGGAAGGAACGAAGGUCUUUUUUUGACAUAUGUAGGCGUUAUGUAUUAUGUAUCAUGUAUGCAACGCUGGGAGUUGAAAAAUUCUCCGUGCCGGAGGGGGGUGGGUGGUGGUGAGGCUGUGAGGUUGAGAGUGGAUAGGGGUAGGGAGUAGGGAGUAGGGAGUGUUGAGAUUAGAUGGUGCAUUAAUGGGCACGAGAUCAUAAGGGUUUAUAGAUGGAGUUUUGUAUUGGAGCAGAGCAGAGAAUCGCAUGGCAUGGCAUGGCACGGGAGGGAAGUCUUGCAUUGUUGUCGAUACUUGUCGAGGGAGAGGAGAGAUUGUUUGGGAUUGAAUUUCGAGGGUUAGAUUGAUAGAUUGACAGUAAAUUACGUGUAUAUAAUAAAUUAGCCUUUAGUACAGUUUAUAAUGGGUUAGUAGGGUGGUGUA